AUGCCAUCCAACCAAAAGCGUGCGGCGCAGUCGCGAACAACGAUAUCCAAGCCUCCAACCACUACAAAUACAUCUAAAUCUAUUUCGCCGAGAUUGUCGCCUCCAGUGGCUAGUAGCAAUGACGCUGCAGGCGCUGCAAAGCAAAACAACGGCUCCAACGCGGCUUCGCUUGCGAAUUCGAACUCAGAUACAACUGCGAAUCACGCAGUUGCAAACCACGUUGCUCCAACAUCCACACCUGGAGUGAAUCGGAAAAAGCAGAAGAGACGACAGAAACAAGCGGCACGUCUAGCUGCAGAACAGCAGCUUAAACAUGAACAUCCCCCAGCAGGUACUAAUAGCCAGAAUGGUUACACCCGUAACACACAAUGGGGCGAUCCCGAUGUCCCACUCCAUUCGAACCAAUACUCCUCUUCUCCUCUCAACCAAAAUUAUUUUGGCUCUGACGUCGGCGAUCCAAACCACUACGACCCUGCCCAAAACGACGAUCUCUAUUCUACCGACGACGACGGCCACCUUUAUGCGCAGCGGCAUUCUCAAACCCAUCCGGAUAGGCGUAGCAUGGAUCAGCAUUCCGAAGCUAGUGGGAGCAAAUCCAAGAAAAAGAAGAGUAAAAAACACCGCUCUACCUCCCUCGCAGCCGAUGGAAGCUCAACAUCCGUGUCGACCCAACGGACAUCUACCACACGACCCGCUGCGCCACCUCCACCUCCGCUAUCUAACGCCGCACUUCGAUCCGCCCAUAAAAUAUCGAAGGACAGGAUAUGGAACACAUCGACCCAAGAGGAACGGGAAAAUAUCAAAGAAUUUUGGCUGCAGCUGGGUGAGGAGGAACGGAGAUCACUUGUAAAGGUCGAAAAGGAGGCUGUUUUGAGAAAGAUGAAGGAGCAGCAGAAGCAUUCAUGUAGUUGCACUGUAUGCGGGAGGAAACGGACGGCCAUCGAAGAAGAGUUGGAGGUUCUGUACGAUGCAUACUACGAAGAGCUUGAGCAGUACGCGAAUCACAGCCAAUCCUCCUUCGAAAAUGGCGGCCCAAUUGUCCCUCCCCGACUAUAUCAGCCACCACUUCGCCCGCUAGAUAGGCAUCCCCACCUUGCGAAUAGCCAACUUCCGCCGAGGGGCAGAGUUCAAGAACUGCCUGAUGAUGACGACCUAGAGGAGGACUACGACGAAGAUGACGAAGAAGAUGAGCCGUACAGUGACGAUGAACUUGAAGAGGCUGCUCGUAGCAGUGGGGCUGACUUUUUCGCGUUUGGUAACAGUUUGACGGUUAAAGACGGUAUUCUCACAGUGGCAGAUGACUUACUUAAAAACGACGGCAAGCAUUUCAUUGAUAUGAUGGAACAACUAGCUGAACGGCGAAUGCAGCGGGAGGAAGACACGCAGUAUGCUACUGCUUCUGCCGCACAUCAAUCUCUACAUGCUGGUCAUAACCACGGACCUCCCCUCGACGAGGAAGAUUAUGAAGAUGAAGAAGACGACGAUUACGACAGCCAAGAUGAUGAGGACUACGAGGAGGAUGAGAUGGAUGCAAUGACAGAAGAACAGCGUAUGGAGGAAGGAAGGCGGAUGUUUCAAAUUUUUGCCGCUCGAAUGUUUGAACAGCGUGUCCUAACUGCAUACCGAGAGAAGGUUGCCCGCGAACGCCAAUUAAAACUUAUUGAGGAGCUAGAAGAGGAAAAUAGGUUAGACGUCCAACGCGAGGCAAAGAAGGCAAGAGAGGCUCAGAAGAGAAAGGAUAAGAAGAAACAACAGAAACAAGCCAAAGAGGAGGAGAAGGCGAGGAAAGAGGCAGAAAAGGCUGCUGAAGCCGCUGCUGCGAAAGCCAUCGAGGAGAAAAAACAGGAAGAACAACGACGAAAGAAAGAGGAACAAAGAAAGAAGAGAGAAGCUGAGAAAAAAGCUCAAGAAGAGGAACGUCUACGAAAAGAAGCCGAAAAACAGAAGCGUCUGCAGGAGGAACGCGAACGUCAAGCCGAGAUCGAACGAAAGCAGAGGGAGCAGAAGGAGCGAGAGAAGAAAAAGCGAGAGGAAGCAAAGAAAAAGGAGCGAGAGGAGAGAGAAGCGAAAGAGAAGGAACUUCGAGAAAAGAAGGCAAAGGAAGAGCAAGAACGUAAGGCCCGAGAACAAGCCAAGCUUGAGAAAGAAACCGCCCUCAAGACCGAACGCGAGAGCAAGGAGCGCGCUAAACGCGAAGAACAAGCUGCCCAAGCUGCCCAAGCGGCCACUGCUCAAGCUGCCAAACGAAUAUCCCAGUCAGGGCCAACAUAUCUUCCUCCAGGCCUCCAACCUCAACAUGGACAAUCAGCGCUGCAGUCGCCACAUUUCCAGGUUGCAACACCCGUUGUACCGAAAGCCCCAACUCCAGUUCGUCCUCGUCAAACAUCCCAACAUGGGUCCCAUGCUUCUUCUCCGAGAUCCCAGCCCGCCGGAACAGAUACAUCACAUACCUCUGUUUCCCCUGGAAAUGCUGGCGUGUCGCAAUCAUCAGGGUCCUCCAGUUCGGUUUCUGCAAAGUCCUUUGGUCCGACACCAAUGCUCCAUCAUCCUCAGCCUUCUGCCCCUAUGUCACCCUUGGGCGGAGCCGCCCGCAGCCCUCAUUCUUUGGGUUUCAGCUCGAUGCCUGCAUUGAAUGGAGUACCCUCCAGCCUCCCUGGGUUACCGGGAAUGACAUCACGUAUUCCAUUGGGCCACGAAAUGCCGAUGUAUCCCAGCCAACAGGGACCUCUGGGAGGACAAUUCAGAGGUUUCCCCUCCCCAGAUGGUAUACCAAUGGCUCCAGGGUUAAAUGGUGCCCGCCCGAUUAUCCCAAGCCGAGGCUUCCCUCUAGACACCGGUCAUGGUUUGCCAUUUCAUUCGCAGCUGUUAGGACCCAGUCCAAUCUCUUCGUCUUCGUCACAGCAGCCUCAGAUACCCCGGGAAACAAGACGUGGGCAAACACACUCGAGACAAGCGUCAUCAUCUUUUGAAAGAAGUUCCCUAGAAAACAAACCCCAGAAUUUACCAAUAUCCCGACCAGCCCCUAUUCAGCGCCCCGCUAGUACUACCCCUCAUAAUGCCUCACGAAACGAAACGAAACCCGAACUUUCAGAUAUUGACGACUUGAGUGCCCAGCUCGGCAGUAGUGCUCUUCUCGACGAGACUGAUGUGCCUUUCACCUCCAGUCUAACUCAACCUAUCCCCACAAGCUCUCUUCCCGGUGCUCCUGGUGCUGGGAGAAUGGUAUUUGGAACGUCGCCAUUAUUUACCGAAUCCCUCGGUUGCUUCCAUAGUGUGAACCAUGUAUUGCGACAAGUUGAACAACUAAACCCACCGAAUGAGCCUCAAAUCACACUUGAUGAGCUGUUGGAUAUCUGUGACACGGAAGGUAACCCACAAAACGGCGGUGGCUCUUUCGUAAUCAAGAACGAGACGCGCGGCACCUUCGUUAAAUUUGAGCCGGAUAGCAACAGCAUGUCGUCAGGUCCCAGAGGAAGUGUCGCACCGGGGGAUAUCGGCAGUCCAGCUGCUAGCAUUAGCACUCCAGCAUUUGGUGGCGUCGGGGCGACCGGCGGUUCGAGACAAUUCCCAGCGCCUCCGAAUAUUUCUCCGCCUACCGGAUUCUAA